AUGGCGCACUCAUUCCCCCCAGUCGCUUACAGCGGUAGCAGUAGCACGGCCGGCCAGGGUAUGGCACACGGCCAUCGGUCGACCACACUGCCGCACCCAGGAACAAACUUGAGUACGCGCGAGGCCUACGCACCCGCGACGCCGGCGUUUAGGAGACCAGACCACCAUCACAUCCAGCGGUCGCCACCCUUCUCUAACCUACGACGCCAUAACCCCCUCUCGCCAACCAGCACGCCGGCCGCAUACGGAUCCCUCAAGAUGGACACAGGCUAUCCAGGGUCCAAGACCCAGCCGAGCAUCCCUCCCCUGGGCUCCUUGACCUCGCUCGGCCAUCUCUCUUACAGCGACUCCUCGGCCACCCAGAUCAAGGUGGACAUCAGCGGCGUUAUCGACAAGGGCUUCUUCGUGGCCGAGAACGAGUGGACUUGCUACCGCCGCAACUACUUCUCCUGCGUCUGCUCCUUCUCCCUGACGCCUAUGAUACACAACUCGCCCAUCCAAUUCCUCCCGACCGGGUCCACACAUCCGUACAAUGUCACACACCCCAAGCGGGACAAGGGACCGAUCGCCAAGCCCGAGAAAGUCCGGCUGUCCCAGAAGCCGCCACAGGCCAGCCACCACCCUUUAACCAGUCUCUACGCGGGCCCAGACGGCAGCCUCGGGUCGUCAAGAUACGACCAGGGGUUCGGGCAACCUCAGCAGAGCUCAGCACCCACAGAGCACACGUUUGAGCGCAUCCAGUUCAAGCAGGCGACGGCCAACAACGGGAAGCGAAGGGCGGCGCAGCAGUACUACCACCUUAUCGUCGAGCUUUGGGCCGACGUGGGCCAGCAACAAGGGGGCUCAGACCCGUGGGUCAAGGUCGCGUACCGGAAGUCGGCCAAGAUGAUCGUCCGCGGGCGCUCUCCCGGCCACUACCAGUCGGAGAGGCGGGAGAGCUCAAGCAGCGGGCCCGGCGGUUCCAGCGGCAGCAACAUCGGCAGCGGUUACUCCUCAGGCAUGCUUGGGCCCGGCGAAUACUCAACGGGCUCGUCCAUGAUGGGAGGGGGAGGAUACGCGCAACACUACGACACGCGCUCCAGCGGCUACGGCGGAACGCGGCACCACCACGAGCUGACGAUGGAACCCAUGAUCUCGGCUGAAGAGGUCAAGGCCAUCACGGACACCAAAGGCUACCAGUACUACCCGGCCACCAUCUACGAGGGAGAACACGACCCGAGACAGCACCACCACCCACAAGUAGAGCUGUUUUCGCACGCACGCCAAGACGUGUCGGAGAGCGGCGGGGCACAUUCGAUGAGCACCGCGUUCGACCCGACCAAGGUCAAAUCCGAGAUGGAGCACGGACUCCCGAGCCUGCUCUACCACGGAGGGCCGUACUACCAGCGGUGCGGGCGGUUCGAAGGGAAGGCAACCUCCAACGGCCAGUACCCGACUACGCUGAUCCCACCACCUUCCUCGACCAUGAGCAUGACCUAG